GAAAUGGGUGUAAAAAAUGACAUUCAUUUCGUUCCAUUCAUUCGUUUACAAAUGUCAGUAAGGGCUAGGCGAUUUUGCAAUAUUGUGAAGAAAAACGUUGUUUACGACUGAAAAUAACAAAUGUAACCAUUAAAAUGUUAUCAGUUGUGUACGGCGUUAGGGCGUGCGCGCGCCAAAAUACUGUGGCACCGAAAUAACGCCGUUUGAAAGUGAAAAGGGCGUUUUACCUACCUCCUGUGAGGGAAAUCGUAUUCGCCCAAAUUCUGUUUCGGGAUCAUGUUAAAGUUUAAAAAGAUGGGAUCGGAUAAAGUGCCGCUGUUGCUGGUGACCGCCAACGUGGGAUCUAUCUUUGAGGAUCCAUCCGUGAUGCUCCCAAUAUGGACCUCCGAGUUCCUCCAAGCCGUGUCCCGCAUGGACCCUAAGUUCAUAGCUCUCCACCUGCAGGAAGUCGGCGGCAAGGCCUACGAGAAGUCCAUGCAGUACGUGAAGGACUUCGUGCAGAGGCUGAGCGACUGUCCGGAGUUGCGGCUGUAUGACAAGAUCAGGAUAUUCCUCGAUGAGGAUUUCAGUUCCCCGGAGAAAUUUACGGCACUCGGAAACAUGUACUUCGCGCACUCGUCUCUCACCGACCUGAAGAUCUGGGACUUCGAGCAGAAAGCCUACGUGGAGGCCACUGGGAAAGAGGUUCACAGCGGCAACAUCGAGAAAGUCACCACUAAGGAAAAGACUAAGUUCCCACAGCAUUUCUUUCCUGAGUGUAAGUGGUCCCGUAAAGGUUUUCUUCGCACACGGUGGCUGAUUCGCGGCACUGCGGUAGAGUUCGUGAACAUACAUCUGUUCCAUGACGCUUCGAAUCUGCUUGCACUGCAGCCAUUUCCUUCGGUAUACUGCCGCAGCCGCAGGCGCGCGCUCCGGCACACGCUGGGCCACCUCCACUCUGACGUCAACGCGGCGCCAUACUUCAUCUUCGGCGACUUCAACUUCCGCACCGACACCGGUGGCGUCGUCAAGAAAGUGACAGAAGAGUUAACAGCAUGUCGGCUACAGAAUGGCAACGCUACCGAGUCUUCGAAACUCCAGUAUCGAGGGCCGGAUGGCAGAAUAGUUCUCACGGUAGCCAAGAAGGAGUUCGCCCAUCAGGACCAUCAGAAGAUCUUCCGAGAGCCCUGGUUGCAACGUUUCGACCGCGAGUUGGAAGCUCUGCGUCCGCACCUGUACGAGUUUCCCGUCAAAUUCCCACCGACGUAUCCCUUCGAGGAGGACGUACAGCUGCCCACGCAUUACAUGAAGACCAGGUGUCCGGCGUGGUGUGAUCGUAUACUGCUGUCGCAGUCCGCGCGGUUACUCGUACAGCACGACCCGGCCAGACCUGAAGGCCGACAUCUUCACACGUCGAGAAAGUCGGUAGCGGAUUCUACGGACAGCAGCGGACGCGUAUCGUCGUCGGACACGUCUCCGGCACGCUCCGGCUCGCCAGCGAGGAGCCAUCAGUCAAGCCCCGGCAAAACGUUAGAGAAGAAAUCGUCAGUGGCCGACCUGGACGCGUUAUCUGUGCCCGGUAUCGGAGUCGCCAGGAAGAGUAUCGCCGAUCCUACUAGUGUGCAACACGCUAUCAACUCCAGGGUAUCGGACGGGGAGGGGUCCCCGGCGCGGCGCAAGCUGGUCCGCAACCAAAGCGAGGGCGCGCCCCGCGCCGGCGACGUGUCCAGCGAGUUGCGGCGCCUCGUCGACCAGCCGGCGCGGCGCCGGAGCGAGUACGGGGCUAUAGGAGACACGGCCUGCAUGGGCGACCACAAGCCGAUCUACCUGCGCGUGAUGCUGCAGAGCGACCGAGGUACCUUAGCGUGCUGCAACCCCAAAUUCCCCUGCCCACUCUGCCCCCGUUUCCCCUCGACCCUCUCACUCAUCCGACCCCGUCUCACCCGGCUAGCUACAGACCCAGACCUGUACUAUAGUAAAAAGAAAUUAGACACGACUAGCACUAACUUAGACGAUAUACCUGACGACUUGAAACGAACUAGAACCGGCUCCUUAGAAAUCCUAAGGAUACCUGACGUCGAAAUCACCAGUGCCGACUACAGUUCUUACGACGGCGUUUUCGUAAACGAUAUCGACAAUACCUUACUAACUGUAAGACAAUGCCUAGACCCAUAUACACCAGAAAGUAUAGAUUCGCACACACCUAAUAUAGAAGCGGCGUCUUCAGGGUCUGAAGACAUGUCUAACGAAAUCUCUGACGUUUUACGCGACGUCAAAAUCGAUAUACCUUAUAAUAAACUAACUAGAGAUAGAAGCGUGUCUCCGACGCAGCUAAAAAGUCGUCUAGAUAGACUUUUGAAUGAUGGGAAGUUAGCCAAAGUACCAGAGCUGCAGAGGCUUAACAGUAGGGAUUCGUGCAAGUCGGUUGACAGUAAGAAAGGGGGGUUGUGUUGUUUAGCGUUGAAGUGUUACGGGUUUUGUAGGAAGCGGGCGCGCAAAGUUGACUGUAAAUGUAGUGGACUGUGUUGCACUUGCUAGCUUUUAUAUAGCACAGAUAACUAAAAUACAUAGUUGAAUCUAAAGGCCGGAGCACACACGUGCGCUUAAA